AUGCCCUCUGAGGACGACCGUCUUCGCCGCCUCAUCGGCCGCCUUUUCAUUGUUGGCUUCCACAGCCAAACCGCUGAUGAGAACAUCAAACGACUGAUCCGUGCGCCCUAUUACGUCGGCCAGAUUGUCCUAUUCCAGCGCAAUGUUCGAGACGCAGAACAGCUCGCCGCUCUCACAGCCGAGUUGCAGCAAAUCGCCAAAGACGCUGGUCAUGACCAGCCGCUCACCAUCGGAAUCGACCAGGAGAAUGGCCUUGUCACUCGCAUCAAGCCUCCAAUUACGUCACAGCUGCCAGGGUCCAUGGCUCUUGGCGCCACCCGCUCCAUUGACGACGCCCACGAUGUCGGUCGUGCCACUGGAAAGGCUUUGCGAGCCUUCGGAAUUAACAUGAAUUACGCCCCCGUUUGCGAUGUCAAUAAUAACCCCGAAAACCCAGUCAUCGGCGUCCGCUCUUUCAGCGACGAUCCCUACACUGUCGCGCGCCUGGCGGCUGCUAAUUUGAACGGGCUCCGCGAGGAAGGCGUCAUUCCAUGCGUCAAGCAUUUUCCCGGCCACGGCGAUACUGCUGUUGACUCCCACUAUGGUCUGCCCCUCAUCCAGAAGAGCUGGGAAGACAUGGAACAAUGCGAGCUCAUUCCCUUUAGGCGUGCUGUCACGGAGAAGGUUCCGGCCGUCAUGACUGCUCACAUCGUCAUCGGAGACUCUAAAUUGCCCGCAACACUCGACCCCACUAUCCUGCGAGUUUUGCGGUACGAUCUCAAGUUUACCGGCGUCAUUGUGUCGGAUUGUCUGGAAAUGAAUGCCAUCCGUACUGAAUGCGGUGGCACUGUCCAAGGCGCUGUCACCGCUCUCAAGGCUGGCUGCGACUCGGUCAUGAUCUGCCACACCAUCGAUCUGCAGGCCGGGGCUCUAGAGGCUGUUUUUGAUGCCGCUACGCAGGAUGAAGACUUCAUGCACCAGCUCGAGGAGUCGUGGCAGAGGGUCAAGUCCUUCACCCAAGAAGAAUUCACCCUUGCCCAAGGAAAACAAGCAGGUCAGACGCAUGCAUCCUUCAAGCAGCUCUCCACCAUAAACAAGGAAAAUUCCGAGCUCGCAUCAAGGGUGUAUGCCUCAAGCACCACAGCGGUCCGACUGCAACCCGGAACCCUUCCUCUGACCAAGGACCAACGUCUGGUUUUCAUCUCGCCUGGAGAGAAGCCCGUCGCCAGCGGCGUGGUCGACUACGGCCAAAUCGAGACCCGUGGUCCAUAUACACCUCCGAGCUUUAUCGACAUCUUGAGAAAUCACCAUCCCGAAAUCCAAGACCUUCGCUUUUACCAAGACGGAUCAAACGCGGAUGAAGUUCUCGAGGCUGCUGCAGCCGCAGACGCCGUCAUUCUGACCACCAGAAACGCACGGCUUGCACCGUAUCAAACAGACAUGGCUAUCAAGGUAGCUUACACAGCUAAGAAGCUGAUCGUAGUCGCUACAUGCGAUCCAUAUGAUUUUCUCUCCGCCGAUGAGAUACAGAAUUACUUGGCAAUCUACGAGCCGACCCCUGCGGCUUUCACAGCGGCUGCUGACGUCCUUUUCGGCAUCACCCAAGCUCAAGGCCAUCUGCCCGUCGAGCAAAUCCAACACCAACACACCGCAGAACCCUUCUCUCCCGAACGGGACAUGAACCAAGUCUGCGCCCUGUGGCACGAAGUCUUACCCACCUACCUUGUCUCCAAACCCCGGCUCGCCGACCUCCUCACCCGCCCGCGCGCCGCCCACUUCGUCGUCCGCCGCCACGACACUGUCGUGGGCUUCAUCGCCACCCACAUCCAACCUCCCGCACCCUCUGCUCCAGCCGGCGCCCCGCCAAAAGGCCUCAUCACCGCCCUGAUCGUGCAUCCCUUCCUGGCAAAACUCGGCAUCGGUACCGCGCUACUCACGCACGCCCGCCAGCACCUCUGCUCACCACCACACUCCUGCCAGACGCUCUCCAUCGGCUCCUCCUUUCCGCGCUUCUUCCCCGGGCUCCCGCUCGACAUCGUGCCUUCCAACCAAAACUUCUUCUUCCACCGCGGCUUCGUCGCCGGCCGCAACUCCCCCACGGCCCGCGGCGAAACCUGUCGCGACCUCUGCAUCGACCUCGUCGCCACGCAUGCGCCCGACCCGGACGCUAGCAUGCGCAUCGCGCGCGCACAGAACAAAGGCAUCGUUUUCCGCCCCUGGACCAAGGCCGGCGAGGCCGAGUGCCUCGCCAAGCAGCGCCGCAACUUCGGCCACUACGCCGGCUGGGUCGAGGGGUACGAGGCGCUCGCGGCCGCGGGCUUGCACGGGCAGGUCAUGGUCGCGCACGACGAGCGGAAAAAGUCAUCGUCGGACGGUGAUGGCGGGGGCGGCCACGGCGAGCAGAUUGCGUGGACGAUGAUGCUGGAGCCCGGCACGAAGGUGUUUUUGCCCGACCUGGCUUUCCCGGAAUUGCUGGGGAAGCCGGAUAAGACGGGCCUCGUGGCGUGUGUGGGGGUGGAUGCGGCGAAGAGGGAGGGCGGGGUCGGGCUCGCGAUGGUGGCGGCGGCGUUGGAGGAGAUGAGGAUGAGGGGCGUGGAGAGGGUGUUUGUGGAUUGGGUGACGCUGGUGGGGUGGUAUGAGAAGGUGGGGUUGAGGACGUGGAGGGAGUAUUUGAGUGUGGAGUGGAGAAGGGCGGGGGCGGGGGCGGAUGGGAAGUGA